UCUUUUACACAUGCGGUUCACGUACGGCAUCGCCACGCGUGGCAAAUACAAAUCUUGCGGAUGAUUACCGCAAUUUUCACAGUGUUGUACGUGAUAUGCUCGUUUUUCCGUGAAGCCGACCAUCAUCAUAAUUAAUGAAUGAACACCAUCCAGUAUAUGGCAUAAAUUGUAACAAGUGCCGCGGUCUUAAAAUUAAAAACAAGCAUGUAAUCAAAACAUUCACGAUCGACAAUACGAGGAGAAGAAGAAUGCGAAACUCGAGAGUGCGAGCAAUCGAAUUGAUCCUUUUUCCUCCAAGAUCUCGUAAAGGAUCCUGGCUGCUUUGCAUCCGCAAUCCCAAUGACGCAAAACGGACCAGAUUCGUGGGAAGUUUCAUACUUAAAUAUAUUUUUCCUUGUGAUAUUUUUAAACCUCGAGCAGGAAAAUACUUAAGAUGCAUCCUGCAUCGAUACGGAUUCUCGUUCUGAAUCGGAUCGAGCGAUAGUGAACAGUCGUAAAAUUCAUCUUGCUCCCUCGUACGAGCCGAGGGGAGCUCGUAAGCGGGCCACUUAACAACUAAAUAAAAUCGUACACCAAAACAUUAUCCUGUCGAACGGGCUCAUUAGAGCAUCAUCGCGACUUUGCUCUCGCGAGUCCUUUUUCCUCCGUUUAACUCUGCUGCUAUAAUAUAAUGUAAUUACUUCGUCGCGGGAACGUAUCCUUAUACUCCUCUUUUUACAGCCGAGAAUAAUGUAAGAGCGGCACGCAUCCGAUUUCUUCACUUUGAACAUCUCGAUUUUGAACGCAUCUUAUUUAUGCUGCAAGUUAUACAUUAUUAUUAUUAUUACCAUUAUUUAUAUUCACUCCUUUUUAUUCAUUAUCUAGAUUAACACUGCACUGCUAAUAAACAAUCGUCACUGUUAUUCUUUCGCCAUCGUCCUCGCUCUGCGCUCCAAUUAUCCCGAUGAAAACGGUCUCACAGCUCAGAGGAUUCGUUAAUAAUGCAUAUAUAAUCGAAGUGUUCAACAAACGGCAAUUAUCUACGACGGCGGAACUUCGUAGCAACGCAAAAAAAGUCCGACAAACUGCACAUUUUCUGCACGCGCGCCUCUGAAACUUUCAACGGCCCAGCUCGUCUGCUCGUGCCGUCGCAGUUCGUAAUAAACGUAAGAAAUUUCUCAUGUGCACGGGACACGGCUUUCCAUGUACGAUCGGUCUUCGGCGACGAAAUAGGAGGAAAAAAAAGGGAAACGACGAAGGUAAACGUUUCGCCGGUGUCGGUGAACUCCGAAUGCUCGUUUCGCGCGCUCUUCGCCAUCGUAAUUUAUUCAUCGACCCCUUUCGUCGGAUGGGCACGUCGACGAGACGAUUAUAGUGCAUAUACUCAUUCUGACCGCUGCAAUAUUUAUGACGGUGCAGCGUACCCUCGCAAGUUUUGCGAGAAUUUCGCCGACAUGCGUGAUAAAAUGAUAUCUCGAAGGUGGGGACAAUAUCGUUGACGAAGGAAGACAGUACCCCUUUGACGAAUGGCAUGGAUCGUUCAAACGACUACAAUGAUCUAGAAUGGGCAAUUGGUCUGAAUCGCCGCAUGCUGAAAUUCGUCGGUUUGUGGCCGCAGAACAGCGAGAAGGCACGCGAGAAACUAUCGUCGAAAUUUCAACUGCUGUUCAAUGCGAUCACGCUGGUCUUCGUACUGACAAUACCGGCCAUAAUGUCACUGAUACGGGUAUGGGGCGACAUGAUGCUGAUGAUAGAUAAUUUGCAGUUCACUCUCUGUCUGUUGAUCACGAUAUUGAAAGUUGCAAUCAUGUGGAGUAACAGAGCAGCUUUGUCACCGUUGAUCGACAUGAUCGCGAGGGACUGGAUGAGGGCGAAGAUGAAGGAGGAGCGAGACGUAAUGCUGAAACGUGCCAAGACCACUCGCAUACUCGCUAUAUGCGGUGGCGUCCUGAUACUCCUGACGCUGGUGUUCGGCCUCGGCUUCUCGUCUCUUGGUAUGAGUCUGAGGCUCGUGACAAAUCUCACGGAUCCCGGUAGACCCUUGCCAAUUCAGACGUACUACCUGCACGACGUAACCAGGAGCCCGCAAUUCGAGCUGACAUUUCUGGCACAAGGGAUUGCGCUCACUAUAUCCGGUAUAUCUUACACCGGGGUCGACAACUUCCUCGGACUGCUGAUGCUGCACAUAUGCGGCCAGAUGGAGAACCUGCACCUGCGAGUACGGAACUUGAGGAGAGAUCCGGACUUUAAAGCGACAUUGAAGUACAACGUCAGAGAUCACAUCCGCCUGAUCAGAUCCAUUGAAAUAAUUGAUGAUACAUUUAAUUUAAUGCUGCUCGGCCUGACAUUUUUAUUUGGCAUACUAUUCUGUCUUCAUGGAUUUCUAAUAAUUAAUGUUUUGAAAGAAGGAGGCCAAUUAUCAGUUAUGCAAUUUGUUAAUUUCGUUGCUGCUAGUGUGACCGUUUUAACGCACAUGUGUCUAUACUGUGCAGUCGGCGAACUUCUCGUGUCACAAUGUGAAAAAGUUCACCACGCUACGUACGAAUACAUGUGGUACACUUUGGAGCCAAAGAAAGCGAAAAACUUAACACUAAUGAUGCUGCGUGCGAACAAACCACUCCACGUUACGGCGGGAAAGACGUUUCCGAUGACGAUGGCCACGUUUUGCAACAUACUAAAAACGUCGGCGGGCUACGUAUCCGUAUUACUUGCCAAUCGAAAUUAACGAUGGUGCAAUUAGAGUAAGUUAGUAGUCAAUUUUAGCACGACACCAUCAUAUUCAUGGAGGAGUGAGUUGGAAGUGUUUUAUAUGAGCAUAUAAAUGUGUUAUAUGCGAAAAUGUAUGUAACAUAUUAAAAAUACAUUAUUUCCUUUAUCA